GCGGAGCAGCGCAGGUUCCGCAAGGUCAGGUGUGGCUCAGGUUGUCGGUCGUAAAUCGAGUGACGGUUGUUCCAUCUUUCUUUUCCCGGGAAUUAGUGAUCGCUCGGCCCUGCUAGAAAAAAAAGAGAGGGAUGUCUCUACGCUGCGGGGGCGCGGUCCGCACCGUGGGCCCCCGGGUAUUUGGAAGAUAUUUAUGCAGUCCAGUCAGAGAAGUAAGUUCCUUGCCAGAUAAAAAAAAGAAAUUUUUACAGAAUGGACCAGACCUUCAAGAUUUUGUAUCUGGUGAUCUAGCAGACAAGAGCACCUGGGACGAAUAUAAAGGAGACUUAAAACGCCAGAAAGGAGAAAGGUUAAGACUACCUCCAUGGCUAAAGACAGAGAUUCCCAUGGGGAAAAAUUACAAUAAACUGAAAAAUACAUUGCGGAAUUUAAAUCUUCAUACAGUAUGUGAGGAAGCUCGAUGUCCCAAUAUUGGAGAGUGUUGGGGAGGCGGAGAACACGCCACUGCCACUGCCACAAUCAUGUUGAUGGGUGACACAUGUACAAGAGGUUGUAGAUUUUGUUCUGUUAAGACUGCAAGAAAUCCACCUCCACUGGAUGCCAAUGAGCCCUACAAUACUGCAAAGGCAAUUGCAGAGUGGGGUCUGGAUUAUGUAGUCCUGACGUCUGUGGAUCGAGAUGAUAUGCCUGAUGGAGGAGCUGAGCACUUUGCAAAGACUGUGUCUUACUUAAAGGAAAGGAAUCCGAAAAUCCUUGUGGAAUGUCUCACCCCUGAUUUCCGAGGAGAUCUUAAAGCAGUAGAAAAAGUUGCUCUGUCAGGAUUAGAUGUGUAUGCACAUAAUGUAGAAACAGUUCCAGAAUUACAGAGGAAGGUUCGUGAUCCCCGGGCCAAUUUUGACCAGUCUCUACGCAUACUGAAACAUGCCAAGGAAGUUCGACCUGAUGUUAUUUCUAAAACAUCUAUAAUGUUGGGUUUAGGUGAGAAUGACGAGCAAGUAUAUGCAAUGAUGAAAGUACUUCGUGAAGCAGAUGUGGACUGUUUGACUUUAGGACAAUAUAUGCAGCCAACAAAGCGCCACCUUAAGGUUGAAGAAUACAUUACUCCUGAAAAGUUCAAAUACUGGGAAAAAGUAGGAAAUGAACUUGGAUUUCAUUAUACUGCAAGUGGCCCUCUGGUGCGUUCUUCAUAUAAAGCAGGUGAAUUUUUCCUCAAAAAUCUAGUGGCUAAAAGAAAAACAAAAGCCCUCUAACACUUAACAAGACAUUCAAGAUCACAGUUGGUAACAGAAGUGAUGGCAGAAUGCCUAGACUUCAGUGGAUAUAUCCCAGUCUUUUUGUUUUACGAAAAAUACCAAUAAGCUGUGCAUAUUUAAUUAUAAUAAUUCAUUUGUCUUUUAGCAUAUCUUCUUUGUCCCAGUAAACAAUUGCUUGUUAUGAUGUAAAUCAUAAAACAUCUUUGUAAGAGUUUACUGUUAAUAGUGUAGUUCAAACAAUACAUUAAAAAUUUCUAGAAAAUC